AUGGUCCUUCCGCACGGGCAGAACUCCCAAGUUGCGGACUCGCACAGCACGGGCUCAUGGCAGGAUACUAGUAAAGCUGUCGACUCUGAUCCCAGCACUACCACCAUCGACGGGAAACGCAGAGUAAGGCCAGCAGAACUAUUCCCCAUCCUCGGAGAUGACUUGAUCUCAAUACCUCGCAAACAACCACGAAAACCGCGCAAUGAUGCCGCUACUGGUGCCUCCGCGGCUGGUGUUCGUGCCCUCAGCGCCCAGUUUGUCGCCUUUUACUUCCGAGCUCCGAUUAAGGCUUUCUUUCGGGCGAGAGUGGAUUAUAUGGCGCUUGCACGGGCUGUGAAUCCGCGGGUUGCGGAUGGUAAAUGGUCGAUUCAUACGACGACACCUGGGUUGUUGAUUCAUGCGGUCAAAACGUAUGGAUGGCAGUUUAUUCCCAAUCAAGUUUUGCCUCCUUUGAUGGCGAAUGCAGGUGUCGGUGCCGUCCUAUACACAUCCUAUCUCCAAGUCCUAGGAUCCCUUCACGAACCUGUCCGACAAGGCGCCAAACGCGUUUGGCCUCCAGCCCCUCCCUCCUCAACCUUCGCCGCCGGAUUCACAGCCGGCACCAUCCAAUCGAUCGUCGCCGCACCUCUAGACGCCCUCCAAGUCCGGAUGCAAACCAGUGACCUCCUAGAAGGCCAAUACCGAAGCAUGUGGCACUACGGCCACCACAAGCUCAAGCAAAUCGGACUCGGAGGAAUAUUCGCUGGAUGGAGCCUCUCAUUCUUACGAGACUCAUUCGGUUACGCCGUGUUCUUUUCCACAUUCGAAUACGUCAAGUCACAAUCCUACUACUCAUUCGUAACAUGGUACUACGGAGCCCUACACCCGGAACACAUCGAAAGGAUCCCCUUUUCCGAUUCCGAAUCCCGAUCUGCCAGUGACCGGGGUGUCCCCGUGAUCAAACCGCACUACGCACUGGAACCGGGAUUCCUCUUACUAGCCGGCGUGACGGCGUCAGUCGCACAGCAGGUCAUUCAGCACCCGCUCGGGGUAAUUCAGGACCUGCAUCUGGGCCGAUUGGAGUAUUUGGAUCAUCAGGCUAGUCUGGACCCGUCGAGGCGGCAGAUGAUGCGGCUCUAUUACCACGCGUACCAGGAGACGUAUAAACGGUGUGCGCGGAAGGCUGCACGUGCGGGAUCAUCCGAGGGUUUAGCCCUGCAAUACCGCCAACAUUCCUUCUCCAAUAUCCCCGCCAUUCCCCUCCGCUCUCUCCCCAAUUCCCCCUCCAUUACCGCCUUAGAAGAAACCGCCAGUGAAAAAGGCAGUCGUCGCUCAUCAUCCGAUCUCUCCGUCUGGUCAGAUACCGGCGAUCUCGCCGAGCAACUGGCUCACGAGGAUCCGCUAGAUCCUCGCAAGUCCGUGGAUCGUGAGCUUUUGGUUUGGGGUCAUCGUGGUCGGAACCAACCGAAACGGGUCCACUUUCCCUCACAUUCACAGCUUGACGACGAUCAACAACAUCCCCACUCAACCUCCGCCUCCCACUCCCACUUCAACCUUGAAAAGAUCCCCAUUCCGAAUCCCCCACCCCGACGCAUCUCCCGUAUUGAACGGGUUCUCGCCGCCAUCAUGUCUCCCCGCAACGGGCGAGCUGCCUCAAUCCAUGGCCUGGUCGGGAAGCCGUUACUGUGA